GUAUUGAUGGAACACAAUGUUAAACCGUUGUCGAACUCGUACUCGUAAGCAGUGCUGGUCUAUUUUAGACGGACUGCUGUUCAGUUAAAAAACAUUAUAACAAGCUGAAUAACAUUCUCCUCUUUCCACUUUAAAAAUAUCGCCGGGUUUGCCCUUUUUAAUGAUGUCAGUCUACACCGGCCGAAUCCAUCACUCAUAUAACAAGCCGUAUUUCUUUAGAGCCUUGCUCACGUGACUCGUGCUGAUGAUCAGCAGAAUGAGCUGCACUGAGAGAGGAGUCGGACGCGUUCGGACAGCUCCCAGCUGAGAUCCACAGCGCUAUAGUGGAAGCGCAGGCUACACUGUUUUGAAACUGAAGUCACGGCUUCUACAGCAGUUCUUUAACUUUUCUUUUCCAGUACUAAUACCCCUGCAAGGAAAAACUCAACUGCUUGGUAUGGAUUUCACUCCUACUGUGCACAUGUUGAUACCAAAUGAUUUCUGAUUGGCUGGCAGCAUAUUAUUGCCAAAGGAUUUGAUUCCACUGGACAUUUUUAUUUUGCGCCCUGGUACCAUGGAGGAGCCUGAGUAGAACAAAUACAUUGUUACAGAUUGUGUCUUGUUUUAAUGAGAUGAGCCAUAUGUGUGUAAAUAUGUAAAGCUAAUUGCUGCUCUACAUUCCCUGCACCAGUGUUAAAAGAAGAGUGUAAUUCUUAGCAGUAUUUGGGCUUCUAAGUGGUUUUGGAAGAAAUUAAAACUGGAGAUGCUGAAGGAGGAAUGCAAGGCACUGCUGGAUGCGCUCAACAAGGUAACUGCAUGCUACAGGCAUCUGGUUCUCACCAUAGGUGGCACAUCAGACUCACAGAACCUGCGUGAAGAAUUGAGGAAGACCAGGCAGAAAGCCCAAGAACUAGCCGUGGCCAACAGAAACAAACUUACCAGCACUCUCAAGGACCAUCGCUUGACCAAAGAAGACCAGGCUGAAUUCGAGAGGCUAUGGGUCAUUUUCUCUACCUGUAUGGACAUUCUGGAAACAGAUAUGAGACGAGCUCUGGUGCUAGGUCAGGAAUUUCCUCUUAACAUUCCCAAGAAACACCUGAUUCAGACUGGCAUGAGUGGUGGAACUUCUGGUGUGGCAGCUAGGGCUAUGAGUGUGCAGAACAUGAGGUAUGACGCUGAGCACAAUAUAGAUGUGAUGGACCUCAAGGACCUGGAGAAUGAGAUCAGCCUUAUGGGUGAAAUGAUGUAUGAGAUGGAAAUGAAGGUCAAUGUACCUCAGUGGACUGUAGAAGCUAAACAGGAUCCAGGAGCUGAGCUUAAAUCUACCAUGAGUGCUGGGGCUUCUUCCCCUGGCAUUAUUUCCCUGUUUGAUCAUAAAUCUAUGUGUGACCUCAACAAAGUUUUAGCAGGGGUGGUUUUCAGUGCAGUUCUUAUUAUUGCUAUAAUACUGGCAGUUUGUGUAGUGAAACUUUCUUAAUGAGAAGAUACAUGUUUAUGCUGCUAAUUUUUUUUGAAUGGUUUUGGUGCAGAUCAUAACUCUUUUUUUUUUUUUAUUAAACUGUUUUCUAGGCAGAAAUCAUGUCACAGUUUUGAUGGAGUUUUGGAUAUAUUUUCGUUUGAUUUUAUUGAAUGCAAACUGAUUAUCUGCAAGGCAAUUACACGUUUUGUCCUAUAAUAUUGGCAUUGAGUCAUGCCGGAUUCAAACUUAGCAAUUCUCUGCCUGCAGCAUAUUGCACAUUGUACUGGUGCUAAAUGUGUGUAUUCUUGUUUUUUUAAUUAUAAAUGCAUUAUAAUAUGUAUCAUCUUAUUUUUAUGAUACAUUUUCAAUAUACAUAUAUAGUUUGCAUAUUUGGUGGCAAAGAUAUGAAAUUAUGCAUCAAGCAAGUACAUCACAGCUGUGCUGAAGGAUUUAAGCUUGCAGGAUUUAGUCAUAUAAUAUCCCCUGCCAACUGUCAUCUGUUUGUUUAAAACCACUAAAGCUGUAAAGCACUGAUUCUGGCCAUUUUGAUGCCAAAGAGAGCUGCAGUGCGGGGCACUGGUUAGCAGUGUAUUGGUGGCUGCUUCUAGCAUUGGAAAGGUUUGUGAAGAGGGAGAAAAAGCACAACCCAUCUUACUUAAAUAAUGGCAAUAAUGUGCUUCAUAAUAUGCCACAGUCUGAAUUUCCAAAUAGAGGAUAUCUAUUACUGCACCUUGAUCAAUACAUUGUCUGUGGCUGAACUUCAAUGCAAUGGUCAGUUUAACCAUUGUAGGUUUUAUAGCCUGUCUGUGUUUAUUCUUUUUUUGGAGUCUUCCCGUAAGCAUGCCACACUUAUUAUUUAUAAUAGUCUUAUGAGAAUGGGCUUAGAGCUGCAAUUGUACAGACCUUUCUUACUGUGUUGUAUAGCUCUAGGGCUACAUGCUAUUCACUGGCUUUUUCUGUGUAUGUUUUAAAGAACACUUAACAAAUGCAUUUAUUCUGUCUGGUUGCACCUACAAGCAUUCAUAUUUGUGUUGUAGCAAAGUUUUAAAAAAAAUUAACAUGCUGCAUUUUUAUGCACUUGGCACACAUUCUUAAUUUAUUAAAAUUGAGAAAUGCUUGAUGAACAUAAAUAACACAUAAAAGUGCAUUUUAUUAGCAUGCAUUUCAUUCAGACACCCAUGUAUAAGUGCUCUUAAGAAAUUCAGUAAAAGGCUAUAACAUCAAAGGGUUCUGUUUGCAUUGGCUUAAUUAAUUUCCUGUUCUUUGGUGUAUUAUAUUUAUUACCAGAAUACAAAACAUAUCCGGUAUCUAAUCUUGUUUUUUCAGCAUUGAUAUGAACAUCGCCCUGUCUGAGGGCUCAGCUGUGCUCUGGUUAAGUAAAUAUACUCGUGUCUUGUCAGAAGAUUGGGUCUGCCUCUUGCAUUUAACUGAGGCUGUGUUGAAAUGUAAUUUCAGGGAAUGCACAAACUGUGCACCUCGCUGCAUAUCAAUGUGAGCGAUUGUGAUCAUUUAGUCUGCUGUUAGUGUUAUCCACCAUCACAUCUCAACAGUAAUUUCGGCUUAUUUGUAAUGCAUGGGUGAUGCAGAAUUGUGAAACUGGGGGUAUUACUUAUGGCUAUAAUAGCACCAUUUAGAAAUUGAUAUUUAAAGCAUAGUAGUAUCUACAGAAUGUUAUAUUUGGAUAGGACUGGUGAUGUACUCAUCCUGGGAUCACUGGCCCUUGAGAAGGAGUACUUCCAGCAGUAACAGAACGGGGCCCAUUUACUUAGCUUGAGUGAAGGAAUAGAAUAAAAAAAACUUUGAAUUUUGAAUUUUUUUUGGCUACUUCGACCAUUGAAUUGGCUACUUCGACUUUAGA